CCACACGAAGGCCACCUCGUGCCAAUCCGCGCGCAGCAACUUCCCGCCACUCCUUUUCCAAGCAAUGCUCCUCAAUGGCGACCUGCCCAAUGCAGCAAGCAAAUGUCGAUGAAUAUGGCAGGGAGGUCUUAUUAUCAAUGGUGGGUGUCUUGGUGUCAUUGUGGUUGUCGGAGUGCAGAAGUACUACCGAAGACAACCGUGUUAUAAGAGAGCACAUGCCUCCUUUUUCCAAGUCGACAGUUGUUCUGAGUCAUAUUCGUCCCGAGUGAGAAAGAGCAGAGCACGAAGACGUCAUGCGUAGAGACGAGAUCCAACAUGCAAGGCAGACGUCGGCGAACGUAGACGACCUAGGCCCGGAGAAGGCCAUAUAUAAGGAUUCGGACAAGGCACUCGAGUUCUUGAAGUUGAACGAGACGGGAGAAGAGCGCAAUGUGGUUGAUGAGAAGAAGCUAGUGAAGCGCAUUGAUUGGAUGAUCGUGCCUAUCAUGUUUGCCUGCUACUUUCUCCAAUACCUCGACAAGUCGCUCUUCAAUUACGCGGCUGUAAUGGGUAUCUUUGAAGACGCAAACAUAACGACCGAGCAAUACGGGAACCUCUCCUGGCUUUUCUACCUGGCAUUCCUUUUAUUCGAGAUGCCUCAUGCAUUCAUGAUGCAAAGGUUCCCUCUCGCAAAGUAUCUCGGAACGAUGGUCUGCCUCUGGGGCACAGUGGUCGCUUGCACUGCGGCGUGUAACUCCUACGCCUCGCUCGCGGCCUGCCGGUUCUUGCUGGGCAUGUUUGAGUCCGCAAUCAGCCCCUCGCUCAUCCUCAUCACGUCAAUGUGGUACAAGCGUCACGAGCAACCGAAAAGAGUAGGCUUCUGGUACAUGGGGGUUGGGAUGGCUGUCAUGGCUGGCUCCCUGAUUUCGUACGGCUUCCAGCAUUACAAAGGGACUCGCUUCAACAACUGGCAAAUCAUGUUCCUCGUAGUUGGUAUAGUCACCGUGGCGGCAGGUAUUGUCGUGAUACUCUUUCUACCAGACAAUCCAAUGUCAAGUCGGUUGUCGCACGCGGAAAAAGUUGUGGCGGUCGAGCGUCUCCGCGAAAACAACACCGGCAUUGAAAACAAACACUUCAAGUUCUAUCAGUUCCUUGAGACGAUGCGCGAUCCACAGGUCUGGCUUCUGGCGUACAUCACAACUGCUGCAAGUGUACCUAAUGGCGCGGUGGGAUCCUUCCAGAGCGUACUUAUCAAAUCCUUCGGCUUCAGCAACAAGGUCACUGCGCUGCUUCAAAUCCCCGGGGGGUUUAUUGCAGUUGUCAGCGUCAUCACUGGCACCCAGAUUGCAGCGCGGUACAACUCACGCGGCGUUAUGCAGAUCGUCUGGACGGCGUGGGGCGGUAUACUGGGCGGAGGCUUAAUCGCAUUUCUCCCGACCGGCAAUCGCGCCGGAAGGUUGGUGGGCAACUACUUUACGCAUGUUACCGGCGCCUUCCUCCCGCUUUCUUACUCGUUUGCGGCUUGUAAUUUUGCGGGCCACACCAAGAAGGUCACCAUGAACGCGAUCCUUCUCAUGUCAUUUUGCCUGGGAAACAUCCUCGGUCCGCUUACGUUCCGCGACGAGGAUGCUCCGGAGUUUACACCUGCAAAGAUUACGAUUGUUGCAGUAGACUCAACUGUCGUUGUUGCAGUCGUGAUACUGCUUGGAUACUACAGGUUGGAGAACAAGAGGCGUGACAAAGCACAGAUUCAACAUCGGCCGGACAUCGAGUUUAGCGACUUGACUGAUCGUGAGAACUUGGAAUUAAGAUACAAAUAUUGAGUAUAUAAGGAGGAGGCAAGCCAAGCUCCUCGAAGGUUAUAAGCUACUGGAGUCGUUGCACGUUGUGCGGGGUCUGGAGCCUAAUCUAUCAAUUCACCAACAAAUCUACUUCCACCAUUACCACGACGUUCAACUCUUGGUAGCAAUUGUUAUGCAGCAAUUUCAAAACGAGGUGG